AUGGCAUCACGUGUAGCUCAAAUCGCAGCACAUCUGAAUUAUCCAAAAGGACUACUUGCCGGUAGGAAUUGUCUCUCAAAGACGCAAGCUCCAGAACUGAGAGAGAAAUAGGUCAGACAGCGAUUAUUACUGGUAGUGGACAAGGCAUCGGAGCUGAAACUGCCCGACUCUUUGCAAAUGAAGGCGCCAAAGUUGUGGUGUCAGAUAUCGAUGGGGGUUAGAAUCUUUUGGUUGGCAAAACGUAAUUUAUGCUAACUUUUAUAGCGAAAGCAACUUCAGUCGCCGAAAGUAUUAACAAAUCUGGUGGAAGUGCGAUAGCGGUUGCUGGCGACAUGCUGGAUUAUGAGUAUUUGAAAAUACUCGUGAAGAAGGCCGCCGACUUUGGGAAUGGAAAGAUUCAUAUAAUAGUUAAUAAUGCUGGGUAUGUAAUCGAUCGAGUACCGGCUCCCAUGUUGACACAACCAAUACACAAAUAGAUACACCUGGGAUGGUGUAAUCCACAAGAUGACGGAUAAGCAAUGGGACAACAUACUAGCUUUACAUAACACCGCACCUUUCAAACUUGUCCGAGAAGCUGCACCAUUUUUUCGAGUCACAGAUGGAGAACCCCGCGCAAUAAUCAACAUAUCAUCCACCUCUGGAGUGCACGGAAACGCAGGUCAAGCCAACUAUGGACUCGCAAAGUCUGGGAUUAAUGGCUUGACAAAAGUCAUAGCAAAAGAAUGGGGCCCAAAAUUUGGAGUUCGAUGUAACUCGAUUGCAUUUGGCCAUAUUUUGACAAGAUUGACGGCAGCUAAAGAGGAGGGCGCGUUUGUUACUACUCCAGACGGAGAGAAGAUUGCGCUGGGUAUACCAACAGGGCAGGGUGCACAGUCUGAAAAUGCCAACCUUGAUAUUCCUUUGCGGAGACCUGGAACUGCAACGGAGGCAGCUAGUAGCAUUUUGGCUCUCGCUAGCCCCUUAUGUAGCUACAUCACUUGUCAAGUUAUUAUGGUUACCGGUAAGUACAAAUUUCUUUUUUGAAUAGAUUUCGUCCUUGGAUUCAGCUUUAGCGAAGAGAAGCUUGGAAUUUUCCUUCAGACCUCUAUUCAAACAUUCCUGAUGACCUCUACUGACUUUGCAUUUUAUAGGCGGAAGGAACAUGUGAUAAUUCAGCACGGUUUUGAUUAUCAUCUCCUCCUCAUCCGAUCUUCCGUAGUUAAUUGACGAUAUAGACUUAGUUACUCGUAUCUCGUAUGUAACCU